UGUCCCCUGUCCAAUUAGGACGUUUGUACAGCCCGGCAAUAUAAAAGGGGCUGCGGGGGUGAGCGCCAGCCUUAUUCCGGACGGGGCUUUAUUGAACGGAGGAUUAUUUGUGGCUAUCGUUCAUAGUUUUCGCAGCAUGACUCUCCAGGCUGAUUUUAACAGCGUGGCAGAAAAAGUUAGAAAAUUAAAGACAAGACCAACUGAUGAUGAACUAAAGGAACUGUAUGGACUCUACAAGCAGUCUACUGUGGGAGACAUUGAUAUUGAGUGUCCUGGAAUGCUGGACUUGAAAGGCAAAGCAAAAUGGGAAGCAUGGAACCUUAAGAAAGGUUUGUCAAAGGAAGAUGCCAUGAAUGCUUAUAUUUCAAAAGCAAAUGAGAUGAUAGAGAAAUAUGGGCUGUAGAGUUCCCUCAAAUAUAUUAACUCUCAAAUAGCUAAUGACGAGUUCAAAGACAAAGGCAUGACUAAUUUUCAGUCUAACAUGAAGCUUUACCAAUCGUGAGUUAUUUAAUUGUGCAGAUUAUGAUUAUGGCUAUCAUUGUUUACAAUAAAGUGUUUUCUUCAUA